UGCAUGGCUGCCAGUGAUGGUCUACUGGGUGUCAGCUUUUAUUGGCACGACACAAAGCAAGUGCCAGACGCCCCGCCACACACUGGGCCUGUGGAUAAAAGCAAGCAAAAUGCCUCAGUGGAGGACAGUGUAGUCAUGUUGGGCUGGAACGAGGAAGUGCAGUGGAGAGGGGAGGGACUGAGGGCUCAGCUCCAUGGGGCCACGACGCUGCGACCUUCUGCACAUGGAGCCGGGGACAGUUGGAAGAACUUCAUACUGCAAACUCAAGGAAUAGCAGAGUACUUGCACCGCAUGGAGACGGGAGAGGCCCAGGAAAUGGCGCCCAUGCCAGGCCGAGACAGCCCCCCUGCCAACGAUGCAGCCGAGGAGGCAGAGGAGCCUAUGGCCGUCCCGGAGGACCUGUCAGCGGGCUCCGCCCACCAGCAGAACAACAGAGGGGACAAAGCCUGUAACAUUAAAGUUGAGGCUCGCAGUGAUGAGGAGAAUGGGCUGGCCUGUGACAUGAAUGGCGUGGAGGAGGAGGAGGAGUGCGCGGAAGACUUGCGCGUGAUCGAUUCCUCGGGGGCCAAGGUGAACGGCUCACAGCCGAGUCCCGAAGCCAAGGUCUUCUCCUCGGCUGGCGGCAUCCGGCUGCCCAACGGGAAGCUCAAGUGCGAUAUCUGUGGGAUAGUUUGUAUUGGCCCCAAUGUGUUGAUGGUGCACAAGCGAAGCCACACUGGAGAACGUCCCUUCCAGUGCAACCAGUGUGGGGCUUCUUUCACACAGAAAGGCAACCUGCUGCGUCACAUCAAGCUCCACUCUGGAGAGAAACCCUUCAAGUGUCACCUUUGCAGCUAUGCCUGUCGCAGGAGGGAUGCCCUAACCGGACACUUACGCACCCACUCUGUUGGAAAACCACACAAAUGCGCUUACUGUGGGCGGAGUUACAAGCAGCGCAGCUCACUGGAGGAGCAUAAGGAGCGGUGCCACAACUACCUCCAGUGUAUGGGCCUGCAGAACAGCAUCUACACAGUAGUAAAGGAAGAAAGCAGCCAGAAUGAAGAGAGGGAAGACUUAAGCCAGACGGGAUCUGACAGAGCCUUGGUGCUAGACAGGCUAGCUAAUAAUGUAGCUAAGCGUAAGAGCACUAUGCCACAGAAGUUUGUGGGUGAGAAGCGCCUGUCAGACCUCUCCUACGAUGGAGCACCAGAGCAGCUGAUUCAGCCCCACGUCAUCGACCAGGCCAUCAACAGCGCCAUCAGCUACCUGGGGGCAGAGUCGCUCCGACCAUUGGUGCAACCCUCCCCAGCCUCUUCCUCCGACGUGGGCCUGGGAACCAUGUAUCCGCUGCACAAGUCUGCCCCAGAGGCCCACCCGGGGACGGGUCACGGCCUGUCAGCCAAGGACAGUGCAGCUGAGAAUCUGCUUCUGCUCUCCAAGUCCAAGUCUGCCUCCAGCGAGAAGGACGGCUCUCCAAGCCAAAGCGGCCAAGACUCCACUGACACGGAGAGUAACAACGGAGAUAGAGCAGGCGGGGCGGCCCCCGGCCUCAUCUACCUAACCAACCACAUCACUUCGGGAGUGCGGAAUGGCGCACUUCCCCUGGUGAAGGAGGAGCAGCAGCGGCAGUAUGAGGCCAUUCGGGACAGCAUGGAGAUGGCCUCUGAGGGCUUCAAGGUGAUGACGGCAGACGGCGAGCAGGUGAGGGCAUACAGGUGUCAACAUUGCCGUGUCCUCUUCCUGGACCACGUCAUGUACACCAUACACAUGGGCUGUCACGGCUUCAGAGACCCCUUUGAGUGCAACCUCUGUGGCCAUCGCAGUCAAGACCGAUACGAGUUCUCCUCCCACAUGACCCGAGGGGAGCAUCGCUACUGAGUCCACAUCACACGCUCACACCACGCACAUGAAAUGCCUACAAAUGUUGCUGUGCGGUGCUUUUAUAUGUGUGCAUGUUCCUGGAAUACAGAAGCAAUCUUACUCUCAUUUCCAAUAUGAAGGCCAUCUUUUAAAAGAAACAAAGUAAGGCAACAUAGUGUGCCUAAAUAGAAGCAAGUCUCAAAAUAGAAACCUUUUUACAGUGUUGGGCCGAUUACUUAAAAAAAAAAAGUGACUACUUAUAGUCAUUUUCCACAAAAGUAAUAACUUAGUAACUGAAUGACUCCUCCAUAACGCUAGCGGGUAGUGUUUUCCUGAGAAUGAGCAACCACAGCUCAUGUUGACUAGCUCUUUAGCUUUCUGCAUGGUAGAACAAUGCAGAUGGAAGCGACAUCCAGAUGGUUGAUGUACAUAUGAGUGUAUAAUAACGUGCCUCAUUUCACUGUCGGUAACGGUAACGGUGUUGCAACAUUUGAAAUAGUAAUUCAUGAUUACCUUUUACUGGAAAACAAUAACAAUUCCUCCCAACACUGUUUAUACAUUGUGUGUGUACAGUAUAGACUCGUUUUUUCUCAGCAACUUUUAUUUUCUUGUUUUAGACUUCAAAAAACAUCUGUAUAUUUACAUGCGUGUGUACUGACGUAUCUAAAAAGCCAAUGAAAUGUUGUCAAUGUAAAGUAAAUAUCUAUGAAAUACAAUCAAUCCAAAAUGUCAACGUAGCUAACUCACACAUCCUAUUCUUUUCCUUUUACAACCUGUAAACCAGCUCUCCCCCAUGUUUAUUUAUAUGACAUUUACCUGCCUGUCUGUUUUGUAUUUAUUACAGUGAUUGGUGUUUGUAAGUAGAAUAGUUAAUAAAAGCUGGUCAACUUGUAUUAAAUGUG